AUGGAACCUGAAAAGGAAAAAACUGAAGUUCGACCAAAAACAGCGUUAGAAAAGAAUUACGAAAAAAUCGUUGUUGAAUACGAGUCAUUUUUCCAAUUGGCGAAUCAAGGCGAUAUAUCUGGAAUCUAUCGAAAUCGUCCAUGUUUUGUGAAUGAAACAAGUGUUGAGAAUCUUGUUAAACCUGCUAUCGAGGUUUUCAAUGAUUUUCCGGCGGCGCGCCAGUCCGUUUAUCAUUAUACGGGAAUGCUGAUUCAUGAAUGUGUCCACCAUUGGUUCACAGCGAAGGAGAAAUUGCCACUGACGACAAAUAUAACAACAGUCAAAGAAGCGACAUGUCAACUUCUGGAUUUUUACACCAACUUUUUCACAGAAGGAGCUGGAAAAAGUAGUCUAGAAGAGUGUCUUCAGUUUCUCUGUGAGCUCUCCGCCGAACUCUCACUUCGAAAUGCGGGACGUCCAGCGAUGAUUCAUGCUCAACAAAGCGGAGAAGUGCUGUCAAUUCUGAAAUCAAUUGAUAUAAUUGAGAAAGUGCUAUCUCUGAUGAAUAUGAUUCUGUCGUCAGCGCUAAAUGAGAAUUCCGAGGGUUGCAUGAAAGUAUUAUUUGAAUCCAGUCGACAUGGCCAGCAUUUUAGUUGGAUUUGGCUUCAUAUUGCAACUUUUCUGCAAGGCACUAUAAUCACACAUCUGCUGGAAUCCGGCGCCGAGCAAUUCAAAACAUAUGUUAUUGAGAUAUCCACUCGUUUAAAUGCUCAAACUACUGGACCCGCUGUUUUAAAUAUUAUUCAGACGGAAUAUGAGCACAAAUUUCGAGCCAUCUCCGAUGUUUUCAACUUUUUGAUGGGAAAACGAAAUCCACAAUUACAGGAGGCAGUUUCGCAAUUAAUUUUGGAUAGUUUGGAUUCGAAACCGGAAAGAGUGGGCGGUGAAAAACCGGCUACCACAUCCAGUCGACUAGGAUUCGCGUUUUUCUUCAAAUUGGUUACUUGCUCGAUAAAAACUCUUCAGAUUCUUGUCACCAACAACUGUCAUUUGAUCACCCCAUUCAACGUUGUUCGUGCGAUUCGUCAUGUGCAGGCUGUCGAUAAAUCGCUCAUUCUCCCAGCCAUCACCUAUACUGACUUCAUUAAACAAAUUGUUGGUGACGUGGAUCCAGUGACUCAUGGAAUGAUUUUCGAAUUAUUGAUUGAGUUAAUCUAUCAGCACGAUGUUUUCGAAGGAGAGAAUCUCCCAGAAUACCAAGAGGCCAAUCAGAAUAUUGGGAGGGACUGCUUCCCAGUGCUUGAUGUCAUGAUUAACCAAUUAGUCAGAAUCGCACAUUCAUCGGGAGCUUUUAAGUGCCCUUCAAUGCAUCCGGCGAUUCAAUUAUUUUCGUCUGGAGAGAAAUUGCAGUUUAUUAUUGAUUCAAUAACGAGACACCUAGAAAAAUCUCCCACAAUUAUUCGCCAUCUUCAUGCAAUCUCCAUCGCUUUCCACGAAACAAAAGCUGCUGAAAUUGCGCUCCGAUUCAUUAUGACCAUUAGGUUUACCGAACCCAAUUAUCUCUAUAUUUUCAUGUCGUACUUAUCGGCGACCGUUCCGUUUUACCCGAAACUAAUGGAAACCAUGUGGAGGGAAUUCUCGAGUCUCAAAAUGCUCAUCGAGAAUAGUUUCGACGCGGAAGAUCUGGAAAAGCAGAACAAAACGAAAAUUCAUUUGAAUAUUCUAUAUAAUAUUAGACAGCUUCUGGAAUGGGAAUUCACGACGGAGCCGUCGGAGAGGGAACCGAUUCGGCCGUACGCUUAUUGGAAAUUGUACCCCGGACAGUACGUUGGCGCUGUCUUGAAUUCACUUCUCGGGGAGACGAAUAAGCUGUGUUGGGAAUUGAUGGAAAAAAAUAAAUCGGGAGACGCGAUGGCAGUUCUACGAGCCACCGACAAAUUUCUUGAGUCAAUCCGUGAAGCGAGUGGUCCGCUUCGACGUGGAAAACCGAUUAAAAACAGUCGACGACUGAUAAUUACAGUGUCACAAAUGUAUAAACUGAUGACUCAAUUCGCGAUUAUGCUGAAAUCCACUUUAUUUUUAGUGACAAAAGAUAAUCUCAGCGGUCUGGUGGUUUUCGAAGAGCUUCGCAGUCAAUUUCUCUGCUUUCUCUUCGGAAAACACCUCGACACCGGCCUCGCUCAACUAUCUCCGUUGUUUGUUAACUUCUUCGUUACCGCCUGUUUUAUCGACUCGAAAAAGUUAUUUAAUGAAGAACUAGGCGAACAAAUGGAGAGUCUUAUCGAUGAAUCUGGUCUGCAGAAGCUGUUUGACAAUGUGCAACUAGAAGAUGGACCGUCUGUAUUAGAAGGGCUGAAAUCACUCAAAAUGAGGGAUACGGCGGUGAACAUGCUGCAUAGAGGACAGCUGAAGAAACGACGUGGCAACGAGCAAUCGGGAAAAUAUAUUGAAGUGAAUGAAGACGCCACUCAGCGUAUUUACGCGGUGCUUGACGCGAUUCGUCUCAUGUGUUCGUCUGGAGAUCACAAAAUACAAAUUACAUGUAGCAGACAGUUAGCGAAUGCUUUGAUGCAGGUUGUUUGCAAAGAUUCGCUCAUGACAGAUAUGCGUUUCGAUGAUUGGGAUAGUGAAGCAGAGUAUAUUCAUAGACACGUCGAAAUCACGCAACGCCUCGCGCAGUCGCCAUUCUGUGACGGUAUUCUUCGAAUUCUGUCGGAAACCCGUAGUUUCGCCCUCUGUCUCCCCAUUAUGAAAUCGAAACUCGCCAUUCUGCUCAACGAGACCGAAAAGUUCCCGGAGCACAGAACGAUUCCAGAGCCGCUUCGUCAAAAAUUACACAAUUGGAUGAUGUUGGCGCAGAAAGGGAAUAUUUUAAACGCUCGCCUCUUGUAUAUUGUUGAUUUGGAACGUUUCGCUACCUGUCAUGAGACUUAUCUGAUGCUGCUAGAAAUUUGGCGGUUUUUAAUGUACCGUAACAUUUCCCGUGAAAUCAUCGACGCCUACCAUGCUGAUCUACUGCGAAACGUCGUCGAUGAGGGGCUACCCAACGAACGGGAUGCAAUGGAGAAAGUCAACAUUUCGGUGUUCCGAAUAAUUAUUCAAAAUCAUUUACCUGGAACUGUUCAACUUUUUCCCAAAUUUUUCCCACUUGAAUACGAGUUCAUGAUGAUGAAUAUCAUGGAACCACAAUAA